AUGGUCCACCCCGCUACUACCUGCUGCAAGACGAACCCCAGCGGCGGCUGCGUCUGCGCCGCUCAGGCCAAGUGCUCCUGCGGCAAGGAGUCUGCUCUUCACUGCUCCUGCAACAAGGCUUCCACCGAGAACUCGGUCCAGGGUCCACGGUGCUCGUGCCGGGCUCGUCCGGCUGGUCAGUGUACCUGUGAACGUGCGGCAAGUGAGAACCAGCCUGUAACUGGAGAAACGUGUCCUUGUGGCAAGAGAUCGGAGGCUUCUUGCACUUGUGAGAAGGCUGGGGCUGUUGACUCUGCUCUCGAGAUCGACUUCACGACGAAGGCCUGA